CACAGUGGAUAUAUUCUGCACACUGACUGGAUGCAGAGGACAGAAAACAGACAUCAGCAUACAGAAGUCAUUCAGGUUGUGGUCCUGCAGCUUUCAAAGUCUAUGAAGAAUGGAGGAACAGUACAGCAACAACAUGUUACAGAACAACAGCUCUCAUGGUAGGGAUGUAUUUGAGCUACCGAUUCGACUACGUAUUGAGUGUUGGAUCGUCAUCGUCAUCGGUCUUCCUUUGAUCAUACUGGCCAUCUACUAUCUAUAUUCUCUGGUACGUCAUAAUCACAUUGCUCCAAUCUACGUCAUCAACCUCCUCAUCUCUGACCUUAUUCAGCUCUGUUGCAUGGCCACAAUGUUGGGAAAACCCAAGCUUGAUUGGGUCAACAUCAUCGUGUCAAUUCACCUCAUUGGUGUAAUGGCCAGUGUCGGCUUCAUGGUCUGUAUUUCCCUGGAAAGGUAUUUGCUCAUCGCCUGGCCUCUGUGGUACCGCUCCAGACGGACCAUAAAGAGUUCAUUGGUGGUCUGUGUUGUGGUCUGGGUCUUAACUUUGGUCGUCAACUGUUCUGUCCUAUUCAUUGCCAGUGAACUCACGCCCAUUGGAAUAAUCCUCCUCCUCCCCUUCCCCGUGCUCAUCUUCUCUGUGGUUGGGAUCUUUAAAGGCCUGUCUGCUGCCAUCUCGGUCUCCUCCGAGGAAAAACAACGAAUUGUUGGAGCAACAAUUCUGGUGUUGCUUAAUUACACACUGCUGUUUCUGCCUUUCAUAAUUGGUACCAUAACACCAAAUUUUAUUACGACUAACCCUUUGGCAUUCAUCUUCUUCAAUCCUCUUGGAGACUUGGUUCUGUAUGUUUUCAUGAGAAAAGGGGCUGUAGACAAGAUUUUAGCCUCUGUGUGUUGUUGCAGGAUGGAAACACAGCAGCAGAUCAUUGCUGUAAAUGAUGAUAGCAUGAGGACAGUCAGCUCUGUGUAGGGAGAGAAAGUUAUCAGAGUAAAGGAAGGAAGAAAUUCAGACAGUCAAUUUAAAAGAAAAAGUUUCUGUAGAAGCUCUGCCUCUUAGAAUUUAAGCUCAUAUACUCAUUUGCAACAGCAAAUGUUGUGUUUUAUGGUUAUAUGUAGGCAUGUUGUUUAUAUGAUAAUUCCAGUUUAUUUCAUUAUUGCAUAUUUCCCAUAAAUGUGGU